UGCUCUGCGUCUGCGCAUGCGCAGUUCUGCCCCAAAACAUGGCGACAGAGAGCUGUGAAAAGUGCUGAAUUCUCGCCACAUUUCGACAAAAUCGCGAAGGUUUGCAUUGAGAUCUCUUCAGUAUCUCAGUCGUUUUUGCAGUCGCUGAUGGUCAGCAUGGGCCGUACGGCACUGAAAGAUCAGAAAGACAGUAAGAAAGAUAAGACAGGCAGAAGUAUGGCCCUCACAGGUCCUGGACCAGUCAAAGUGACUGAGUCGUUCUUAUGGGAGGAGUAUUUAAAAGAGACGUCUGCUGUUCCCGCCCCUCCCAGCUCUUUCAGACAGUCUCGGAUUCCACCAUCUAAUGACUUCAAAGCCGGUAUGAAACUGGAAGCUCGGGACCCUCGUAACUCCACCUCCACCUGCAUCGCCACAGUGAUGGGCAUGAUGGGCGUGAGGCUCCGCCUACGUCUGGAUGGCAGCGACAACACCAAUGACUUCUGGCGAUUGGUCGACUCCUCUGACAUACAGCCGAUUGGAACCUGCGAGAAGAACGGAGACAUGCUGCAACCACCACUAGGUUUCAGGAUGAACGCCUCGUCGUGGCCCAUGUUCCUCCUCAGGACUCUGAAUGGAGCUGAAAUGGCUCCUGCGACGGCAUUCAAAAAGGAGCCCCUGCGGCCUCCUCAGAACGGCUUUAAACCCGGCAUGAAGUUGGAAGCCGUGGAUAAGAAGAAUCCGUACCUGAUCUGUCCGGCCACCAUCGGCGAGGUGAAGGGUGAAGAAGUCUUUGUGAUGUUUGAUGGUUGGAGAGGAGCGUUUGAUUACUGGUGUCGGUACGACUCGAGAGAUAUCUUCCCUGUGGGUUGGUGUGGUGUGACCAAACACAGCCUGCAACCACCCGGCAACAGCAUCUCCAUUCCGAAGCCUCUUCCUACACCGUCCUCUUCCUCAACGUUCUCCAGCUCCAAACCGACACGACGCUCCAUGCAGGCUCCGUAUCGUCUGUCCAUGCCUCUUCCUCAGCUCCCGGUGCGUAAGGGCAUCAGAGGACGACGGCCCAAGAGCGAGACCAUCGCGCUGAUGAAAGCCCUCGCCGUUUCUACCGCCGCCCAGGACACGGACUCAUCGGCAGGGGUCACUCCCCAAAUCACACCCGUCACCCAGCUUAUCCCUCGCCCGUACAAGAAGAGAGGACCUAAACCGGGCAGCAAGAGGAAGUCCAGGAUGUUUCAGAGCUCCAUGUGUAUAGCAGCGACCUCAGACUUAAGAGUGCCCACAUCUCAGAUGAGCGCUGAUGGACAGUCCACUGUGGGUUCCCCAACGUCUGUGGUUUCUACCGUCUGUGUGUAUGUGAACAAACACGGGAACUGCGGCCCACAUUUGGACCGUAAACAGGUUCAGAGACUCCCGGAUCAUUUCGGGCCGGAAGCAGUGAAUCUUGUCUUACAGCAGACGGUUCAGGCGUGUCUGGACUGCGCUUACCAACCCAAAGUUCUUCUGGGAUGCCUGCAGAGUCAAGGAGGGAGCGGAGAGGUGGUCAGGGUGCGCACAGAUGGAGGGACGCGGCUGGUGAAACUUCCAUCUGCAUCCAGCGCUGCAUUCGUCUUGCGUUUCUUGGAGAUGGUGUGCCGACACCUGAUGUGUGAUAAUCUGUUCAGCAGUCAACCGUUCAGUCCACACAACACUUAUGACCGCGGUAAAUCGGUGAAAGAGGAGUUGCUGUCAGACGCUUUGAACAGAGGAGUAAAGCGGAUCUCCAGAGAUUCUCCGCCAUACUGCGCUCCUCUCUCUCCAAAACUCCUGCACACAGACACACACCCAUCAGAAGCUGGAACUCUUCCACCAGAGGAGAAUGGAUUACUGAAGGAACAGAGCUUUAUGGACUCCGCCUCCAAUUCCAUGACGCCCCGCCCACAGACCUUGAGGAGCACCUCAGAAUAUCAGUCUCCACCCAGCAGCCCGUAUUACCAUGGCAACGCUCCACCCCUGCGACGACAGGCCUCCAACCCCCCAACACAGACACACAGACGGGUAGAGGCAGCGAGCUCUACCACAGGUCCUGAUGCUGGUGCAGAUCGUGAUGCUUCGAGGACCUCGGGCAGAGCUCCCUCCUCCUGGUCUAUAGAGGAAGUGAUGCAGUUCGUACGAGACGCAGACCCCACAGCUCUGGCUCCACACGCUGAACUCUUCCGGAAACACGAGAUCGAUGGAAAAGCGCUGAUGUUACUCCGUAGUGACAUGAUAAUGAAGUACAUGGGUCUGAAACUCGGACCUGCGCUUAAACUCUGUCAUCACAUCGAGAGACUGAAGCAAGGCAAACAGUAAACACACACACACACACACUGUUUAGACUGGAUUAAACUGGAUCAGACCAGCAAUCUCACAUCCAGAACAGAGGGGAUGAUGGGAAAUGACUGUGUGCUGUUAACACACUACACUGCUGGACACAUUUCCCUCUCCAGGAUAUCCAUUAACUUUACAUUCACCAGAGACUGAUGAGGAACAUUCAUUCAUGCAGCUCUCUGAGUCUGUGGAGAUACAGAUAUGAUCAUCUACUCUAGUAGCGCCGAGACGGAUCGCUGGAGUUGGUUCUUACGGGACACUUAUCAAGUCUGAUGGUCUUUGUUUAUAUCGCUACCUCCCCGUGAUGUCAUCCCUUACGAAAAUGAACCAGAAGUGGACAAUACUUAAGUAUUUUAGUUACAUUUAACAAGCAUCUGUACUUUAUCAGAGUGUUUGUCUUGGGAAAAAAUUUACUUCAAUACAUUAUAAAUAUUAAAUUAUAAUAACCUUUCUUUUCUAUAGCACCUUUAAAUCAAAAGCUCAAAGCGCUGUACAAAAACAAUUAAAACAACAAAGAUACAGCACACAAAAAAGAUUCAAAUUAAAGAGACCCACUACACUGUAAAAUAAACAUAAAAGACAAUAAAUCAAUUAAAAGCUAACCUAAAAACAUUAAAAGAGAUUUAGAUUAGUUGAUCAAUCUCUCAGCAAUAGUAAAUGACAGCAUUGGACGCAAUCUGGCAAUAUUUCUAAGAUGGAAGAAUAUAAUUUUACAAUCCAUAUAUUUUAUCUUAUAAUUUUAUAUAAUCCAUUCUUUUAUCUUUAGAAAUACACUCAGAAAAAAAGGAACAGGCAUAAUUUCAUUAGGUCUGCAUAGACAUAAAAAUAAACAUAAAUAUUAAAAAGAACAGGGCCCAAUAUUGGCCCCUGGGGGAUGCCAGACUGUACAACAUUAACCUAAAGCAUUUAUUUGCCAUAUUAACAUUUAUUUAAUACCUAAUUACAUUAAAAUUGUAUGCUUUCAUACUUUUGCUGAAGUAAGAAAGUAUUAGAUGUUUAAUGUAAAACAAAAACUUGUAUUUAUGAAAUGUAGUUGAGUAAAAAUGAUACAAAAUAAAAUACUUCAUUACUGUCCACCUCUGAAAUGAACCAUGGCUUUACUACAACCAAAAAACCAUGGUUACUGUAGUAAAACCAUUGUUUUGCUAAUAGUAAUCAAUACACCAAAAAACCAUGGUUACUACACCUUUACCACACAAAAACAUGGUUAAUUUUCGUAAGGGAUCAUCCUGCGCCACAUGGUUUGUGGGUCUAUGAUAUAAAAUAUUUCUGUUUCGUUUUUAAAAACCAAAAGUCCUGCAUCAUGGGAAAUGUGUGGAUGUUAUAUAUUCAGUUCACAUGAUGCAUUCAUAAUUCACAAACAAAGGGUGCGUUUGAAUAACAGUAAAGGUGAAAUGAAAAUCAUUUUCUCACCCUCGUGUCUUUCCUCAUUGAAUUUCUUCCAUGAAACAGAAAAGUUUUGAUCAUAUUUGGUAUUGAAAUCCAAGCGAACCCAAAAAAAAUGUUUUGGGUUUCAGUCAACAUGAGACUGAAUAAAUGAUGACAGAAUAAAUUAGGGUUCAUAGGACUUCUGUCAGCAGGUAAAUCCACUGUUUUUACAUCACAUUUUAAAGUUUAACAUGAAAUAAAGGAGUGUAUCUCAAAAUGUUGUAUAAAAUAUGAUCAGAGUUUUCCAACCAGUCUUGACAGCACUAAUGUGAAAGCCAGGAGUUCAUCUUCAGUGCAGAUAUCUGCUGUCAAAACCCUCAGAUUGUCUUUAUUAAUCUUCGUCUGUCUUUCUGUUGUAUAUCCAAUAUAACCAAUGAUUUAUUUUCCUGUCAUUCAGUUUUAACUCUGAAUUUAGUCUUGUAUUUAUGUUCCAGAACAUUCAGAGAAGUUUAAGAUGUUGUUUGAUUUGGCUUUUUUACAGAAACUACUUUCAUUCGAGUCCUCUGUUAUAAUGUUUGUAUUCUCUGGGUGUCAGGAUUUGAUUUAAUGUAGACGUGAACCUUUCAGACGUCCUCUCCAGAUUAAGCAGUAUUUAAAACACUGUAUUACAACAGUGUAAAAGCAAUGGGUUUGAUAGAUAAAACCCAACGAACUGAAAGUGGUCAUCCGUUUAAAAUCUUCUAUCACUGCUGUAGUGUCAUUGAAAUAUCACUUGUUCGAUUUCGACUGUAUCUCCCAAGUUUUUAUUUUUUUGAAUGCUCAUUGUUAGACCAGACCUCAGUGGUGUACUAUGGGUCUAACCUUAAACCUCAGCAACACGAAUGUACAUUUUUGUAGAGAAGAAAUAUUUUAAACUACACACGUUGUAUGGGGAGGCGGGGCAUGUGAAGAUGAUUUUUGUGGGGCGGGCAGGGGGGGGGUGUUUUUUGUGGGUCUUGUUGUUAAAUGAACCUUGUACUACCUUCCGAUGCUUUUUACUGGGAGGAAACAUCCAUUUUAAAGAACUACAUUUAAAUGGCCUCUGCUUUCCUUUGACACUUCUCAGGUUUCCGCCGUCUUUUGUAACGUAGCAUUUCAAGUUAGUUGUGAAUAUGACGUCUGUACGUUUUAGUUAAGAACACGCAUUUGUAAUAUUGUGCCAUAUAGUAAAUGACAUGAGUGGAUACCAAUGUUAGUUAAAACAUCUAAAGAGAGAUCAAAUACUCAUCACACUUUCGUCUUGGUACCGAUGAUAUUUUUAAUCAUGUUUUUAAAGAUAAUGCAUUGUUCACAUACACAUUUUCAACAUUUUAAACGAUACAAAUAAUAAAUAAAUAAUUUAAACAUGAAA